AUGAAUCACCCGUUACGUUCACAGUCAUUCAGACAUCGAUCACACGCAUCAGUUCACGUGAAACGUCAGCUAUUUGAUGAUGCAGUGCAACAAAUUCGAGAAAGAAGACGUUCAACACCUAAUAUUUCCCGAUAUUCCACUCUGCAUUCAAGACACCGACCAUUCGAUAUAGCACGAACGGAUGUUUGGCCAAAACCGAAAGCAAGUGUGGUGGAAGAUCGUUUUCUUACUUUGGUAGAUUCCGAUGAUUAUACCCGAGUGAGGGAAUUUAACAUUGAUGAAAAGGGCACUGUUGUUAGCCGAGGUGAUUCAUUUCGUCUCAAAAGUCCUACCUGUUAUAAACGAGAAUCACGAAAGAUAGAUCCAACCGAAUCAAAUAGUCCGCAUUCAUCAUCAGAUGAUAGCAUUAUAUCUGCUAAUAAUAAUGAAAAGGAUGAAAAUAAUCAGCCAUCAACCAGUGCUGCUUUUUAUGAAAUAUAUGUGCUUGGUUCGACAGGUGUAGGAAAAAAACAAGUGGAUAAUACAGUAUCAAUUAUAAUUGGUGAUAAAGAAAGCGAAUUAACAUUCUAUGAAAUUGAUCUGCACAAUAAUAAUUCUUGGCUAGAUGGUAAAGCAGAUGUUUACUUGCUAAUAUACAGUAUUGAUUCAAAAAGUUCCUUCAAAGAAGUUAUGAAUGUUGUUGAUUGUAUACGUGAAUCAACAACAUUCGCACGUCAUACGCCUGUUGUCAUGGCUGCUAAUAAAGUUGACUUAGAACGGAAACGUGCUGUUAGUAAGACAGAUGCAAAAAACGCAGCAAUGAUUUAUGGCUUUACGCAUUAUGAAAUAUCAGUUGCGUUAAAUUUAGACGUUGACGAUUUAUUGGUAGGACUUAUUGCUGAAAUCAAACAUUCAUUGAAAUCAGAUCUGCUCGAUCAUCACGCUGACGUUAAAUCUUCUAAAGAGGGCACCGAUACGGAAGAGGUGGAAGAAUCAAGCGAUUUCAAAGCUGCUAUUCGAAGAUUUUCAAAGAGAAGACGACAACAAAUGGGUGACACCAAUGGGAAACAAGCGAAUAAAUGUACGCAUUUCAAAAGCAAUCUUGUAGAACGUUUUCGAAAUUGGAGGCGAUUAUUGCCAAAUUUAAAUUAUUAA